AGUUUCAUCAACAAGCAUUUCAUUCCUGAUCGAUCAGUGGGAACAAGCAGUUCAUAAGCUCAGUUAAGUAAUUAUGAGGUGCAGAUGUGAAUUUGGAAGAUCUGUGUCUGACUUUGUCAUAGAUACACAAGGGAGCAUCCAUGAGUUGUAUCUAAGUCAUAUGAAGAAGGAUUAUUACUUGCAGUGAGCCAUUUUCCUGAACACAAAAGGCAAAGGGAUUUCUUUAACCAUGGCUGUUUUCUAGGAUAAAAAGAUACAGGUAAAAUUCAACAUUGUCAGGUGAUAUAUAUAUGUAUUCUACUAAGUGUAAGUCUAAUAUAAAUACCUCUACAACACUCUACUUCAAGAGUUUAUCAGAUCUGACCAAAAGUUUACUUGAGCCCACAGUGAAAAUGUGAAUGAGAGCAAAAAAGCAAGCUAGGAAAUAUUUCAGUAUUGAAUAAAAACAGCAGCAAUUGAUACUUAAUUCUUUAUUUUCUUUCCCAAGGUGCUUCAAAUGUAAAUUUGGGUCCCCAUCUGUCUUUACACUGUUACUCAGUAUUUCCUGGUCUCUUACACCUCACAGACACAUGAAAAUCUUCAACACCCUCAACAACUCCAACACCAUUGAUGGCUUCAUCCUCCUGGGCUUCCCUUGCCCCAGGGAGGGUCAGAUCCUCCUCUUUGUGCUCUUCUCUAUUGUCUAUCUCCUGACCCUCAUGGGCAAUGGUUCCAUCAUCUGUGCUGUGCGCUGGGAUCAGAGACUCCACACACCCAUGUACAUCUUACUCGCCAACUUCUCCUUCCUCGAGAUCUGCUAUGUCACCUCUACUAUCCCCAACAUGUUGGCCAAUUUCCUCUCUGAGACCAAGAUCAUCUCCUUCUCUGGGUGCUUUCUCCAAUUCUACUUUUUCUUCUCCCUGGGUUCUACAGAAAGCUUUUUCUUGGUGCUUAUGGCAUUUGAUCGAUAUCUUGCAAUCUGCCGGCCUCUACACUAUCCAACCAUUAUGUCUGGACGUCUCUGCAACAAACUUGUGGUCAGUUGCUGGAUAUUUGCUUUCCUCUGGUUCUUGAUUCCUGUUAUCAUCAUUUCCCAAAUGUCCUUUUGUGGAUCCAGGAUUAUUGACCACUUCUUAUGUGACCCAGGUCCUCUUCUAGCACUCACUUGCAAAAGAACUCCUGUGAUGGAGUUUCUCUUCUCCACAUUAAAUCCUCUCCUCAUUAUUAUUCUCUUUUUCUUCAUCAUGGGGUCCUAUACUCUGGUCCUGAGAGCUGUACUAAGAGUCCCCUCAGCAGCUGGAAAAAGAAAAGCCUUCUCUAUCUGUGGGUCUCAUCUGGCUGUGGUUUCACUUUUCUAUGGCUCAGUACUGGUCAUGUAUGGGAGUUUAUCAUCUCAGCAAGAAGAUGGAAUGCAGAAAAUUGUGACCCUGUUUUAUUCUGUUUUGACCCCACUCCUUAACCCUGUGAUAUAUAGUCUCAGGAACAAAGAUAUGAAAAGAGCCCUGCAGAAAUUUCUGGGAAUACAAAAAACAGUGUUAAUCAAAAAGACUUUUGAACAAUAUUAA